AUGAUAAACCAAACAGCCGUGACAGAAUUCAUCCUUCAAGGAUUCUCUGAUAUGCGAGAGCUACAAGUUUUACAUUUUAUGGCUUUUCUCACUCUCUACUUAGCAACCCUGAUGGGAAAUUUUCUCAUCGUCAUAACUGUGGCCCUGGUUCAUCACCUUCAUACCCCCAUGUAUUUUUUCCUAGCUGUCUUGUCAUCAGUGGAUGCCUGCUUCAUCUCUUCCACCGUUCCCAAAUCCAUGGCCAAUUCCUUUAUGAACGACAACCGGAUUUCAUUCUGGGGAUGCGUCAACCAGCUUUUCUUCGUCGUUGCGUGCACCACAGCAGAGGUUUCCCUACUCACUAUCAUGGCUUACGACCGCUAUGUAGCAAUCUGCCAUCCUCUACAGUACAUGCUGAUCAUGAACUGGAACGCCUGCUUCCAAAUGGCAGCUAUUGCCUUGGUCUUGAGUGUCAUCAACGGAAUAAUACAAACAGCAAACACGUUCAGGCUACAGUUCUGCUGGUCCAAUGUAGUUGAACAAUAUUUCUGUAAUAUCCCUCAGUUGUUAAGGAUCUCUUGCACGGACACCAAGUUCAAUGAGAUCUUCACUUUUGUCUGUGUUCUUACUGUGGGUUUUUUCUGUUCUGUGUUCAUCGUGGUUUCCUAUAGUUAUAUCUUCUCCGCUGUGUUCAAGAUAAAAUCAGGCCGGGGAAAGUAUAAAGCUUUCUCCACCUGCAUCCCACACUUGACUAUGUUUGCUCUUUUUGCCUUUACUGUCAUGUUUACUUACAUGAGACCACAGGAGAUGCUGUCUCCAUCUGUGGACUUGUUAGCUGCUGUUCUGUAUGCAGUUGUGCCGCCACUCAUGAAUCCCAUCAUUUAUAGCCUGAGAAACAAAGACAUCCAAGCGGCUCUGAGAAAGUGGAAAGGUUUGAAUGUGACAUGA